GCCCCGGCCGCCAGCAUGGUGCUGCUGGCCGGGUCCGGGCCGGAGGGCGGCGGGGCGCGCUGCGUGUCCCCUCAGCCGCCGUCCCCACCGCGGGGCGAGCCGGCCGAGGGGGACCCCGGCGACUACGAGGAGUACGAGGACUUCUCGCGGCUGCCCGACACCCGCAGCAUUGCCUCUGACGACUCUUUCUACCCACCCGCAAGCGAGGAGGAGCCGGGCGCCUGGAGCGCGGAGGGCGUCCCGGAGGCGGCGACCCUUCUGCGCGCCGCCUGCGCCAACGACGUGGAGCUGCUGCGGGCGCUGGUGCGCCGUGGGCCGAGCGUCGAGGAGGUGCGGGAGACCGACCGCAACGGCCGGACUGGCCUUAUUGUCGCCUGUUACCACGGCUUCGUGGAUACUGUGGUGGCCUUAGCAGAGUGCCCCCACGUUGACGUCAACUGGCAGGACCUCGAGGGAAACACGGCCCUCAUCGUGGCUGCACAGGCAGGCCACGCCAUCAUCACCAACUACUUGCUGAACUAUUUCCCUGGCCUUGACCUGGAGAGGAGGAACGUGUUCGGGCUCACAGCGCUGAUGAAAGCCUCCAUGCAGGGCCGAACCGAGUGCAUCCGAGCCCUGAUGCUGGCAGGGGCAGAUGUCCAUGCUCGAGACCCCCGCCGCGGGCUGUCGUCGCAGGAGUGGGCGGCUUACACCGGACGCACGGAGGCGGUUCGCCUCAUCCAGAGGCUGCUGGAACGCCCCUGCCCCGAGCAGUUUUCGGAAAAGUACAAGCCGGAGUUACAGCUGGCCCCGGAGGCCGUUCCGAAGCCCUCGGGCUCCAAAAACUGCUUGCAGAGGCUCGCCGAGUUCCUGCGGUCCGCUAUGACCUCCCGCUCCAGCCAGGGCCUAGAGGAUGGGGGCGCCCUGGACCACAUGGUGAAGAUGACCACAAGCCUCUACAGCCCGGCGGUGGCAGUCGUCUGUCAGACCGUGUGCCCCGAGGAACCCCCCUGCGUGGGGAAAAGGCGGCUGGCGGUGCAGGAAAUCUUGGCAGCUCGGGGGGACCGGGACGCCCAUGUCCAGGACAGAGAGAAGGUGGAGGACCCAGAGCAACAAUGCCGGACCUCUCAGGCCGGGGAAGUCUCCAGCGAGGGGUCCCCGAGAGCCUGCCCACCGCCGCCCCCCCUGCCGAGUGCCCAGGUGACCGCUGCCCCGCGGAGGGCCAGCCUCCUGCCCCUGCAGCUGCUGAGGCGGAGCAGCGUACGGCCGGGCGUGGUCAUCCCUAGGGUCCGCAUCAGCAAGGCGCCGGCGCCCACCUUCCAGCCUGAGCGGGCGGGGGCCAAGAGCAGCACCAAGGACAGCGCCCACCUGCAGAUCCCCAAGUGGCGCUACAAGGAGGCCAAGGAGGAGAAGAGGAGGGCGGAGGAGGCGGAGAGGCAGCGCGCAGCGGAGGCACAGAAGGAGCGGCGGGCGUCUCGCUGGAGGAAAAGGACGUGAGGGGGUCAGCACGAGGAAGGGGCGGCCGGGCGCAAAGUCGCAGCCGGGACGGGUGGGGGCCACCGUCUGGACACCGCAGAGGCGGCGGUCAGAGACUGCGCGGUCUGCGCGGAGAAGGGGCACAUCUCUCCUGCCUGGGCGCCCAGCUCUGCGCUCACCCUCGUGUUCACCGUCUGCUUCCUUCCUGGGGACCCCCAAAGUGAUCCUUGCUGCUUUGUUCCAGCCGCACCCCAGAGUGAAUGGGGGUUCCCACCAAUUGAUUUGCCUAAAACCAGUUCACCUAGCCAUCAACACACCUAGUGGCCAGUUUGCCGAAAAGUCUACCUGUUUUAGAACCUCAACUGAAUUUUUUUGGCCAACUUGUCAAAGGGCACUUUCUGUCCAAUUUUGUAUUUUUAAUGAUUAUUUAUCAAAUUUGCAGCACUUUAGGAAUGACGGGGCUCUUUGUAGAUAAGGCAAGUUGAGUACAGGUGUUUGAAGAACGUUUGUUGAAAAUGCUGUCUCUAGCAAUAAAUAUUUAUGAUAUCUGUGUCAUUUCAUACAGACUGCGUGGAACUCUCCUCUGUUUUGCUGUGUUUUUGCUUUUGCCCUCCCUUCUCAGGGUGGGUGCUGUGGAGCUGCGUGGUCACAGUAACUCUAUUAAGAUACAGGUGCCAUUUCUCUCUGACGGAGGCGUGGACUUUUACAGCAAAGUAAUCACGUGAGACAGAGGGACCCACGUCAUUGUACCUUGCUUUUUAGGCUCUAUUUAUACAUUGGAAACCCUGGUGGCACAGUGGUCAAGAGAUAUGUCUGCUAACCAGAAGGUUGGUAGUUUGAAUCCGCCAGGCACCCCUUGGAAACUCUAAAACAAUUCUACUCUGUCCUAUAGGGUCAGAAUCGACUGGACGGCAAUGGGUAUUCAUACAUUAUUAUUCUAUCCUUAAUAAGGAAGAAAAGCAUACAUAUGUUGUCAGAUUAUGUUAAAUAAGUCAAUUAUAAAACAGUGCAUAGAUAAACAUGUAUUUAUUGCUAGAACUCGGCCCAUUAAGCAAGGAACAUUUGACCAACGUGAUACAGAGUUCUUAAAACAUGAAAAAUAGAUGUAAUAGAGAAAAACUUAUCAUUUGAUAAGAUGGGCCAAAUUUCAUAACUGAUUACUAGAAGUACAAAAUUAAGUCAUUUGUGCUCUUAGGCAAAUUGAAUUCAGAUAUCCUUAAAAUGUAAAAGAGAUUUAAAUAAAAAGUAAGAAACCCGGAAUAUUUCAAAACUACUGAAAUAGGAGGGGUAGUUUUUGAAGGAUCAGGUUAUUAGAAUUGAGUAUUAAGUGACCUCGUUUUAGGCAAAUUCUCUGGGAGUGGGCUGGACAGCCCCCCUCCUCCUAACUCUGUUCUAAAGAUCCCCUGGUGUGCAUUUAUUUUUAUUUUCUCUUUGAUGACGCCCCUGGCGCUCAGCUCCUCCUCAGGCCGACUAUACAAUUUCCAAGAUGGGGCCCUUGGCAAAGUGUGUAUAUGAUUUGCCCUGGGGAACCAAGCUCUCCAUGGACUUUUCUGCCCCCACCUUUACCCCCAGCAGUGAGGAAUGGUGAUGAAUCUGCCUGUCUGGGCUGUGCCUAUCAUGUCUGCACUUUAUUUAAAUGCUCUCCUAUCUUGGAAGCAUAGAUUUACAAUAGCACAGACUGACUGGGAAGUCUUUACUCUAACCCUGGAUGUUCCGGACAAAUCGCAUUCCCUGCUAGGUUGUGGUGUGCAGGAGAAGGAGCAGGGCACUGACUCCUAUUCCCUCCCACUUGGCACCUUCAGGGCACUGUUCAGUCAGGGGUCUCAUAAGCGCCUCUCCAAAAGCAGGUGAAACAGGACAUCAAGCUGCACCCAGCAGACGGGAGCCUGGCGUGGUAAUGGUACAGCUUUUAAAUCAGAUUCUAGUGAGUUCCUGCUUCACUCCAGAAAGGCACCAAGCUGAAGGCCUGGGAACCAUUGGUACUAGCUGGCAAUGAGAAACUUGUGCCCAGGAGCUGGGAUUGGCUCGAAUGAAGCAAUCUGCGGGUGAUGAAGGCUGUGACAGACCUUGGUUACCUUUGCAGGUUGUCUUUUCUGCCCCCUGCGGUGUGACAUCUUUCGACCACACACACACAAGUCACAGCAUCAUCUACCUUGCUGCUGGCUUUGCCCUCACCUCUGACAGCCACAGAGCCAGCCAGACAGUGCCAAAUGGCUGCCGGCCCAGGGAUUCUCAACUCUGGCAGCCCCUGAGGAUCACCUGGAAACUCUUCAUCGACGCCACCCCCUGCACCACUGCAGAGAUGCCCAUUGGGUUGGUCUGGGGAGCUGUACCCCAAGAUUUUUGUAAAAACUCCCCAGGGGAUUGUGCUGUGCAGCCUGCAUUGAGGGCUCCAGCUAUCACACAUCGGGAGUGUGAGGGCCCCAGUACUCCUUAGGCGAGUCUUGCAAGAUGCAAACGUGGAGCCUACCAGCUGCCACCAAGGGCUUCACCUGCGUAAGAAUGUCUAAUUGUCCCUGGUAGAGCAAGUGUGAGGCGGGUUCUGCUCUCAGCGGGUUGAUAAAUGCUCCUGCCCGUUUCCACCAUGGAAACCUGUAUUGAGAGUAGUACGGGGUCCCCCUUACCCCAAGUCUUAGGUCUCCAGUUGCUUACCUGUCACGAACUUAUAUUUCUGGUCACCCCUGCCCUCAGCCCUCUACCUCAGCACCACCCAUUUUCAGAGUCUUCAGUUAUGAGUAGGGUACAAGUGAUGUGGCACAAUGUCCUGGAGAUUUCCUUCAGGCCCUGGGCUGUUCUGAAGUGGAUGAGUUGAGCCCUAACCCACGGGUGCUCCAGCCUCCCCUGGUGCCCAGGGCACAUUGGGGCCAUGUCUGUGUGUCUAACAAUGUGCCAGGAGACACACACAUUUACAAAAGCUUGCAGAGCCAGCAAGAGUGGGUCAGGCUGUGAUUUCUUUGGCAAACUGGAAGGUGAGUUUGCUGCUUUCCCUGUUGAGUGGAAACUGAUGGUGUUUGGCUGGGGUUAGCAAAUGCCAAGGAGAAGAACAAGUCCUGGGUCCAGCGAAAGUGCAGAAGGAUGGGGAUGUCCCUCUUCUUGGAGGGCUUUUGUGUGAGGAGAAUCUGAUUGAGAAAACCUGCAAGAUACAAGUGAAGGUUGUUCCCAAUUUGGGUGCAAUCUCUUACCCAGCCCCUCCCGCCAUGAUUUAAUGGCCUGCCUGCCCACAGGGAAGCCCUUCGCCCUUCUCAUGGUCUCCCGAGGGGUCCAGGCUGCUCUGCAGCUCUGCUCACACCCAGCUAGCACAGCGGUUCUCAUUUCUGCUGGGGUAAGCAGAUUUGCUAGCAGAGGAGUUUUCCAAGGCAAGGGAAGCGUCCGCCAACUUUCUUCCCUUGUUUGAGGCAGGGGGAGGGGAAGAGGCUUUUGAGUUUGUUUUCUGUUCUCUUUGGAGGAGGCAGCAGGAGGAGGGCAAGGUAGGUCCCUUGCCCAGACUCCAGGAGGGAAGUCAGGUGUUUUCUGCAGGGCAGUCAUCUGGGGUUGCCCUCCCUGCAGGCUGGAGGCUCUGCACAGGAGGACGUGGGCAGGCGCACGUGCUUAUCUGAAAUGAUGGUGUCAGCCCAAGAGUGAGGGGAGACAGAGGCAGCAGAGGGGAAGGUGCUCUUGUCGUUGUCCUCCUCUCUGGGAGAAGGGACAAACUGAGCACCUUGAGAAGAAGCCUGGGAUUAGAGUCAAGGUGAUCUGACGGCAUCGGUCUGUUCUUGAGCAACAGUAUUAUGCUACUAUUUUUGGGCAAAUGGUCCAUUAGAGAAGAUGGGCCAUCUGGUCCCUGAGGUGGAAACACCUUCUGGUCUCCCUGAUGCUCCAGGUCGCCGCCCUUUGAGACGGUUUUUGUUGCUUUGGACGACUGUACUUAUUAACCGAGUGAUCAACCCCUCCUUCCAACUCUCUCCACUCUGUCAGUCGUGGAAGGACAGGGGCCAUCUCUCCAGUCAGCAGCCACCGCAGGGUCCUCUCCAGCUUCAUCACCACGUUUGCCACUUGCCGGCCCCUUGGCUGCCUCUCUUCUCUCUCCCUGCCUUUCCUUCCUCUUCCUGUUCUCUUCUCCGGCUUUGGCUAAGUCCCUUGCUCAUUCCUGGUGCCCCUCCUCUGAGAUGGAAAGAGGGCAGAGAAUGCAGAGGACCAGGCAAGACAGCACAGUAUCCCUGCUGAAUCCCCACCUCCUCAGCUGCAAAUGUCCGGGGGCCAGUGGGCCUCUGUGGUGGGGUGGAGGCUGGCUCAGCUCCCGCUCCCUCCUUUUCGGGAAUGGAGGCCUGUUUGCUGCAGACACGGGACAGUCCAGAAUGGAAGUGGGGUGGGGUGGUGGGUCGGCCUGCACCUUUGGUAUCUACCAACUCUAAAUAAUGUGUUUCAAGUUGACAGGUACCUUCUCAGGGAUUUAUAUAGAAAUAUAGUUACAGGAAAAGUUGAUGCAUAUUUUAAUAUUUUUUAGUGGUUGAGUGAAUUAUGAUUAAACUGGAUUAAGGAAUCGAAGAGAUACCUCGAGACAAUUUUCCAUGCUGCUGUUUUAUGAAAAGAUUCUUGGGAAUCGUCCCUCAGUUGAGGUUUCCUUGGCUAUCGGAAACCCCAGUUUGUGGCAGCCAAAAGGGCUUUGGGAUGUGUGUGAAGUGCUUCACAGUUGCUUCUUAUAGAUACGAAUUUAAAAACAAUCAUCCUCCACGUCAGUAGAGACGGCUGUUGGAUAACAUAGAUGGGCUGGCCAGCCAUCACUUUGCCCUCCAGAGCUGGUUGCUCACGUUCCGGUAUUGGGCUAUGUCAUGUGAGGAAGAAGUUUCUCUAUUUGCUUUUGUGAAUAAGGAGUCCCUGGGUGAUACAAAUAGUUAAGCACUCAGCUGCUCACCACAAGGUUGGCAGUUCAAGUCCAUCUAGAGGCACCUUGGAAGAAAAGCCUGGCGAUCUACUUCCAAAAACUCAGCCAUUGAAAACUCUGUGGAGCACAGCUCUACUCUGAGACUCCUAGGGUCACCAUGAAUUGGAAUUGACUCAAAUCAACUGGUUUUAUGUGAAUAAAGGGUUCUACAGUCAGCUCAGCACUACACUCACCGCUGGGAAGGCGGAGCGAGAGGCUCAGAGAAAUCCACCUGGAGCCACCGUGGGGUUCAAUGCUCUGUCUGUGUCAUUGGCUUCUCCAGAGAAACACACCACCCAGCAUUAUGAAUCUUUUUUCUGUCUGAUCUGUCGCUCCUCUCAACAGGCUCCUGGCAGCCCCAGAUACCUCAGAAAGCUGAAGAUGAGAAAUUUCAAUGCCUUUAUCAUCUCAGCUUUGGGCAUCCCCAUUUUGUGAAGAGAGAUUUCAUGCGAUCAGUUGGAAAAUGGAAUUGGUGGAUGCGUGUCUGCCCAUGGGUGUCCGCUUCUCCCAAGUCAAGCAUUCCAAUAGAGACAAGGCUGCUGUCAGUAAAGCUAAACCCCAGGAUGUGAGGCUGGGCUCCGGUCUUAAAUGUAUGCAGAGCAGUGGGAAGAACGUGGGUACCAGGUUAUUAGGAAGGAAAGCCUCCCAGAGAAGUAAAUGAAUUCACCAAAACACAGAAAUGAGUACGAUUUGCUGGCAAGAGCCCCCUACUGUCUGCCUGCCCCUUGCCCAGCUAUACUUCGUCAUUGACUUUGGGGCCUCGGUUUGUGCUGCGAAACAAGCCAUGGUCUUGAUGCCAGCCUAGUGCUGUCCUUUCCCCAGUUCACCUGGAGACUCACGCUAGCCCGCUUUCUCUUCUCGUACGGUACAGUCGCUCCCCGCAGUGCUCAGAUUAAUCGGGAACUGUUGUAAAUGCCUCGUCACAAGUGGCUCUUUUAUGUGAGAAAGUUCUUGCCCUUGUUCUCUGUUUCAGUAUUUGGGGGAAUUCUAAUGCUCGAUCAAAGGGUUCACUUGGGACCCUUGCCUCCUGGUGCAGGUAACCGUUUGGAUACUCCACUCACGGAAGUUCACCAGGACUUGUGCAGGAGCCUGGCUUCCACCCUGGCAGGUGGUAGAGCUCCACAGUCUUCAGGCAAGGAAUGUGGAGCACCACAGUCUUCAGGCAAGGAAGGUGGAGCACCGCAGUCUUCAGGCAAGGAAGGUGGAGCACCGCAGUCUUCAGGCAAGGAAGGUGGAGCACCGCAGUCUUCAGGCAAGGAAGGUGGAGCACCGCAGUCUUCAGGCAAGGAAUGUGGAGCACCACAGUCUUCAGGCAAGGAAGGUGGAGCACCGCAGUCUUCAGGCAAGGAAGGACAGAUAGUUUCCUAUAAAAAGACAAAGUCACGUUUAUGACAGCAACCAGAACUAGGCAAAUAAUCCUAGCAACGGGAGUGCUGUUAGCCACAAAGAGCCUCCAAGAACACAUCUCUCCCUAGAACGCUGAUUGCUGUCUCCAUUUCACACCUUCGAUGCAUCCAGAACUUGCAUCAUACGUCAGUAUAACUCUCGGGUCAGCUACUCACUUCUGUGCCCUUGAAUUCAUAGGCUUCUUCGUUAACAUUUUAAAUAAGUGGCUGAAAAAUUCCUCUGGAGGUUGUUUUUUGGAAAGAAACUGAGGGGGAAAAAGAAAAGCCACAUAACGGCGUGGAUUGAUUUAACUGACUUUCAAGUGACUCGGUUGCAACCAGGACUGUGUGCAGUAUUUCCUCACUAUGACCUCGCCCGAGGACACGCCUUUAUGAGAGGUCAGCGCUGCUGUGGCCUGCUGGUCCCUCAGCAGGAGGCUGUCCCAGAGUGGACAGUGGAUAAUAAAGUGUGAGUGAACACAGGUGCCACACGGUUAGAAAGAUAUAGGGCUUUGUGCUCAGAGGUGACAACCGUGGCUCCACUGUGGCCCUCAGGGAAUGUCAGAUGUGACCUGCUUGAUGAUGAGUAUUUAAAUAGGAUUGGACGACCUGAGGGCCCACCGGGAGCACUCCAUCUAGGGUGACAACAGGUGAAGGGCUGGGGUUGUCCUAACCCAGGUGUUUUUAUCCAAAGGCGAUGUUGCCCCAGCCAGCUCUCUGCAGGCCGGCAUCCUACAGAGAGGUCAUCUCUGCCUUUGGCGAGUACACUCUGCAUUGGCGAGGCCCCAACAUGGAGAGAACUCUCCUUUUGGAGAACGCCACAAGGUGUGGGGUCCACGCACAAGGUGUGGGCGGAAUUCCUUGACGUCUGGCACCAGCUUGUCACAGCCAUAAAAUCAGCACCUUACUCUGAGGAAGCUCUGGGAGUUUUCCAAGGCUAAGUAUUAGACGCUUUACUUAAAGCGAAUCCAGUUUCCUUUUUGAGAGAAAUCGUUAGUCAUAAUGUGACAUCUUCGUAUUGUUUUUAAAGAAAAUGGAGAAAGGAAACACGAAUGAACCAGUCAACCCAGGGAGAGAGAGCAGUGACUGGUAUGGACCGGCUGCUUUAUGAAGUUUUGGGAGGUGGAAUCGAGUUGUUUUGACACUGGUGUUUGAGUAGAAGUUCUAGGAGCUGUUUUAGAACCAGACAGUUUAUGUAUACACUUGAUGAAAUCAGCAAACAAAAAAAAAACCAACCCAAACCAGUUGUCGUUGAGUUGAUUUCAUCUCAUGGCGACCCCAUGUGUGUCAGAGUAGAGCUGCUCCAUAGGGUUUUCAAUAGCUCAUUUUCCGGAAGCAGAUUGCCAGGCUUUUCUUCUGAGGCAUCUCUAGGUGAUUUGAACUGCCAGCCUUUCAGUUUGCAGCAAGUGCUUCACCGUUUGCACCACCCAGAGACUCCUUAAAAGGACAUUAUAGACCCGGAAACGUCAUGAGCAAAUGUUCCCCACUAGCCUUUGGGGCGUCCUAAGGAAUGUGAACAGUACAUCCCAUUCAAAUGGACAUAACGGCUGAUUGCACUGGAAUUCCCUCAUUCAAUCUGUUGUUCUCGCCUGGCAUUUCCUGGGUGCCCACAAACCCGUGUUUUUAACAACAGUGACUCUGUGACAGCCUCGGAGUUGAACAACCUGCUCAGGCAGCACCAGGUUUCAAGAUAGGGGGUCCUGGCACAAGCUCUGUUUUCUGAAUGUAAUGCUAUUUUCACAAAUCCAGUAGGUUUUGGGGUAUUUAAAAAAAUGUUGAAUAUGGAUAUAAUUGUGUAAAUUUCAUAGUAUUUUUAUUUUGAGGAGAGAGUUUUGUUACAGUUUAUAAAAGAUAUUUUCCUAUUUGGACCUCAGGGUUAUUUGGGGACUUACAAAUGAAUGUGCCCCACAACAGCCUCAAUUCUUGAUAUUCAAAAGGUUAAUAAUUUCAGUUACAUAAUCUGUGAUGUGACUCGGCAGAAAGAAUGUGUUUUUCUCCUUUGACGUCUAAGACAUUCUGUAUCUAACAUUUAAAAAGCACAGGAUAAAAAGAUGUGGUAAUGUAAACCUGUGGGGAAAUUAUGGCUACAGAUUUAAAAAUCGCUUGUGAAAUAAACACAUUAUUAUUGUACAAUAGUGUGAUAUUUAAAUAAACGUAAAUGUGUAUAAAUCAGAAAACUAUACAAUGAAAUAACCAGUCUUUUUAUUGUUACUUGCUUAUUUUAAUUGAAAUACAGCUGUACUUCAUUUGACACACCUUCACAAAAUCUUUCAGAGGUAACCCCAAAACCCCAAACCCAUUGCCGUCGAGUCGAUUCUGACUCAUAGCAACCCUAGAGGACAGAGUAGAAUUGCCCCAUAGGGUUUCCAAGGAGCACCUGGCGGAUUUGAACUGCUGACCUUUUGGUUAGCAGCCAUAGCACUUAACCACGACGCCACCAGGGUUUCUUUCAAAGGUAGGCUUUUUUAAUUAAUGAAUUAUCCAAGAGUACUUUCUCAUAAUGAAAAUCAUCUCUGGAUAAGCUCCAUCUUCUCAGAAGUCACCCCUGGGGGACAGACAUCCUUUCGGGCAUUUUCCAUGCAUUCACUUAUGCAAAACUACAUAUGCAAAAGCCAUCACACAGUUUUGUUUUUGUGUGUAUUCUUUUACCUGAAUGAUACACUGUAGCUGUUGUCCUCUCAAUUUCUUUUCCUUGCUUUACCCCUUGGAGAGCUUUUUAAAGAAUUGUUAAAUUGGCCUUAUUUAAAACAAAACAGCAAAAACCCAGCUGACAGGAGGCAACAGCGGUCGUGGUUCAAUGGUAGAAUUCUCGCCUUCCAUGCAGAGACUUGGGUUCCAUUCCCGGCCGCUGCACCUCAUGCACGGCCACCACCCGUCUGUCAGUGGAGGCUUGCGUGUUGCUAUGAUGCUGAAGAGGUUUCAUCAGAGCUUCCAGACUAAGAUGGACUAGGAAGAAAGGCUUGGCCAUCUACUGCCAAAAAUCAGCCAGCGAAAACCCUGCAGAGCACACGGGUCCAAUCCGUAACUGAUCACGGGGAUGGCUCAGGAUCAGGCAGUGUUUCACUCCAUUGCAGAUGAGGCUGCCAAGAGUCGGGGGCCAACUUGACAGCAGCCAACAACACCAAACACAAUAACAAAAAUGUAAUACAUAAACACAAAAGGAAACAACAAACACUAUAAUAUUUCAAUGUUUUGGAUUCUGCUAAGACUUGCUUUAUGACCUAAUAUGUGGUCUAUUCUAGAGAAUGUUCCAUGUACACUAGAAAAGAAUAGAAAAGUGUACUUGGUUGCUGUCGGGUGGAGUGUUCUGUAUAGGUCUCUGAGGUCAAGUUGGUUGAUUGUGGCAUUUAGAGCUUCCGUGUCUUUAUUGGGCUUCUUUCUGGAUGUCCUGUCCUUCACCGAAAGUGGUGUGUUGAAGUCUCCUACUAUUAUGGUGGAGCUGUCUAUCUCACUUUUCAAUGCUGAUAGAGUUGGUUUUAUGUAUCUUGCAGCCCUGUCAUUGGGUGCAUAAAUAUUUAAUAUGGUUAUAUCUUCUUGGUGUAUUGUCCCUUUGAUCAUUAUAUAGUGUCCUUCCUUAUCCUUUAUGAUGGAUUUAACAUUAAAGUCUAUUUUGUCAGAAAUUAAUAUUGCCACUCCUGCUCUUUUUUGAUUGUUGUUUGCUUGGUAUAUUUUUUUCCAUCCUUUGAGUUUUUGUUUGUUUGUAUCUCUAAGUCUAAGGUGUGUCUCUUGUAGGCAGCAUAUAGACGGAUCUUGUUUUUUAAUCCAUUCUGCCACUCUCUGUUUCUUUAUUUGUGCAUUUAGUCCAUUUACAUUCAGCGUAAUUAUGGAUAGGUAUGAAUUUAGUGCUAUCAUUUUGAUGUUUUUUUUUUUGUGUGUGUUGUUGACAGCUUAUUUUUCCCACUUAAUUUUAUGUGCUGAGUAGAUCAUCUUUAUAUAUUGCUCUUUCCUCAUAUUCAUUGUUGUUGGUUUUGUUUCUCCUGAGUCCCUAUUUUUUUCUUGUAUUUUAUUUUGAUGAGUAGGACAAUUUGUCUCCAUUGUGGUUACCUUAUCAUUUACCCCUAUUUUUCAAAAUUUAAACCUAACUUUUAUUUCUUUGUAUCGCCAUAUCUUCCUCUCCAUAUGGAAGGUGUAUGAUUACAUUUCUUAGUCCCUCUUUAUUGUUUUAGUAUUGUCUUCUUUUAUAUAAUAACAUC